AUGUCUAAUGAGCCUAGUAGCUUAUAUGGCGCCGGAAUAACGCACCUGAGGCAGAUACUCCAAAAUGAGGUCCAAACGCCAGCACCGCACCUCUGUGCCAGACAUGUGUCCACGUUCCAUAUAUACAGUACCAUAGCUCAGUUAGCAGCUAUCUAUCCCGACAAUGCUAUCAUUCAGGAAGCGCUUGACAUCUUCAAAACAUUGCUUGACAGCGAGGAGGGAGACUUUUUGAAAGAUAAGGCUUUUGCGGACGCCCUCUCCGGCUUUAUAAGUACAAUAUCCGCCACUGCUUUGCCCGUCGAAACGGAGAGUGCAGCGGUCGAAGUCUUGUUUGCAAUCACGGCUAAGUUGCGCCUCCAAUCAGAACUGCUCUUGACCUGGUUCAGGCCAAACAAAAAGGGUUGGGCUUUCCAGUCAGAAAAUCAACAAGCACGGAAGGGCAAGGAAGAAUUUCCCCUGUUCUAUAUGAUAUUAGACUAUGUCUAUCACGAUGGACGGACUGGAGACUUUGCACGAACAGGGCUGUUGUACCUCAUAGAAGCAGCAAGCCAGUCCACGGCACUGGAGCAAUGGGUUAUCGAGAGCGACCUUGCAACUCUGAUGGCCAGUGGCUUGGGAGCCUUGUACAGUCAACUCACUAGAUAUCCUUCCUUGAUUGAGUCUUCGGAUCGAGAUGGCGGAUCUUCUGUAGCAGUCCUGACAUAUCUGAAAUGUAUUAUCGAGUCGAUCGAUCAUCCAGAGCUUGCUGACAUGAUCCUUACUUAUCUGCUCGCUAUACCAGACGCAAGAAGAGAAGAGAAGCCUGUGACUAGACCGACGGCGCUCGCAAGACGCCGUAGAUCCCAGAGUCUUGUUGCCAGUCUCUCGCAGGGCCAAGAGAAGCCCUUACCUGAUCUCUUCAAUCUUGAUGAUUUAGUCCUCGGUAGUCUCCGAUCUAGUAAUCAACAGACGGUUGUUGCGACACUUCGGCUCAUUACUACAAUGCUUCGAUCUCACCAUCAGUCCGACGUUUCACUUAUCAAGACAGGCGGUCGUGCUCCACCUCAUCCGCUACGAGCCUUUGCUACACAUGAAAUGAAUAUAAGUUCGCUGUAUCGCAUCGUUGAGGAUCUUAUGGAAUGGCCUGAUCUUGGCAUUGCAUACGAAAUACAUCUAGAAGAUGCGCAGAACACCCUCGAAGCCCAUCCCUGCUCCCUUCGUUUGCUUGAUUUGUCGAAUGCAGGUCACAGAGCGCAUGGUCCUGUAGUUCCCAAGGCCAAAGUCGUGAACAAGGGUUCGAAACCCUUCAAUGAUCCUAUCCUUGGUAGUCUACUGGCGCUUUUGGAUGACUUUUUCCUCAACGAGAUUGACACUAAUAUCAGUCUUACGAAUGUCUUCUCGACGAUAGCUUGCUGUCCUGAAAGAAGUUUAGACGAGUGGCUUCUGAAUAAAUAUGCAAAGCCGUCUAGCAGCGAAGGUCACAGUCAGGCCGCGGUAAGCUCCGGAAUUGGAGAAACGGCAGAGAGCGAUGCGAAAGACGUAAAUGGAGAAGACGGCCGUAAAGUGUCAGAUAACCCUGACAGAAGUCUUGAUCGAACGGAAACAACCCCUGUCUUUUCAUCGCUCGAUUCUUUAGUUAAGCAAGUCGAAGCUUUUAGGAAAGACGUUGAGAAUUUCGACCUGUAUCUUGCAGAGCGACGACACGUUUUCCAAGUUGGCGAUGAAGUUGAGAAAUUCGUCCAGGAGGACCUCGUCAGAGCACGGACCUCAGAAGACCGCAACCCAGGCAGCCACUCUCAGUUGAAAAACGGCAUCCAUAUUGGGUCCAUCUCGGAGCGGCUUAUGUCGGAAACAUCAACCAAUUCUAGCUCAGGCGCCAAUUCACCAAGAGGUCGACAGCAGCAAUCAACUUCAACAUCUGCAUUAUCUGGAAAGCUCAGUCAUCUAAGAAUAUCCCCUUUGAGGAGUCGUUCAAAUACAGGAAGAAGAAACAUUUCGCCGUCGCCGCUACGUCAAGAAGUCUCCGCCUCCAACGUAGUUCAACAGUCAGAUUCGUCGAUCGAACUCGCAGAUAGGCUAAAUCAGAAAUUAAGAAUCAGGUCUAAAAGAGAGAGUGAUCAGAAUAUUUCGGAGGCUCGAAGCGAUACGAGUAGCAUAAGGAGCGAGCCCGCCACGAUUGAAUUGCCAACUGAGCAUUUUCGAGAUGUCAGUCUGAGUCAUAUCUUGACGAAUGUGAUUAUAUUGCAGGAAUUUGUGUUGGAACUAGUUGCCAUCAUACAAGUUCGGGCAAGCUUGUUUGGAGAGGUCAAAUUUGAUUGA